ACGUGACUGCGCGCAGCGUUUUUAGCCGUGGGUAAAAAGAUUGAAUCUCACUCGCUUUUCACAGCGCCGUACCGAAACUUCGCAAAGUAAUUGAACUUACAAGAUGUUGUCGCAGAUACUGGUUUGUGUGGUCAUGGUUGCCUUGACAACCGUCAGCUGCCACCCAGAAGGCCCCCCGCUCGAAGCCUGUGUCGACAUGUUCCCCACUGGUCACAAGGUGGACGCCCAGAAGUCUACAGCGAUCGCUAACAUAGCGCUUAGAAGAGCAGAUGGAUCAAAAGCAACCACGUACUCGGCUAAUGAAAUGAUAACAGUAACGCUAGCCACUGCUAACCCAAGCGACACGACAAUCUAUUACGAGGGUAUGUUUGUACAAGCACGACGAGCCAACUGCGGUUCCGACAAAAGGACGGAACCAGUUGGAAAGUUUACCCACGAACCAAGCAACUAUCUCAAGACGUUGGAUUGCGGAGGGAUCACCAAGAGUGCCAUUUGCCAUAAAGACCACAUCCACCAGACAAACCAGACAUUUACUUGGACUGCACCGGCUACACCUGUGGGCCAUAUAUAUUUCCAGGCCACUGUUGUGAAGAAUACCCAGACUUUUUGGACUGGCGUGACGUCAGAAUUUCUCAAGGACAGCAACGAUCAGUCUGCGCCAAAGUACUGCGAGUACCGCAAAACAAAUGGCGCUGACGUCAAAUCGCCCGCCAUGGCUGUUGUUGUCCUUGGGCUGAGCUUGGCUUUGGCCAACGUCGUCCACUUCUCGUAGGCAACAAGAUGUUGACGAAUGUUUCCACACUUACAUACGCUUCUUCACAUUUUUUCGGCAUAAAUUGCGACUAUCGUACUACUUUGCGACUUUCAUUCUAUUUUGCGACUUUCAUUCUACGUUGCAACUGUCAUUCUACUUUGCGACUUUCAUUCUACUUUGCGACUUUCAUUCUACCGGUACUUUGCGAUUUUCUGUUUAUAACAUUUUAUUAUUUAAUUAUUUGCAGGACUAGCUUUGGGUGUACAAAAUAUUUCGCCACAUUAUCCAUUAAACAUAAAAAAAGUGCUGAAACCUACCAUUGUUUUAAAGAAAAUAUCAAUCAUUAUUUAAAAUGAUUUCGCCAAAUUAAAAUAAAAUUCACCAGUUGAUGAAGCUUAAAAUUCGCAAUUGGCGAGUGGUACAGCUAAUCCUGUUUUUGUACUGACAGAUACAAGGGGUGGGUAGGGAUUGGGUCCCCCGGUGUACGCCACAACUGUUAUUUUGGUUUGUGGAUUAUCCCUAAAAUUGUUUUAAUGUUCUAUGCAAAAAACUGUGUCCUCCAACAAAACACAGAAUCUAAAAUGACGCACCGACCCCUGUUAAGUAUCUUGGUUCCGUCAGUGAUUAAACAAUUUGUUUUAAUUUUUUACUAAAAGGAAAUAUUUGUUUCAUUAAAAAAAAAAAAAAAAAACUUUCAUGCUAGUGUUGUGCAUAUUAGUGUGAUUUUAAAUGUAUUACUGCAGCUAAGCUGGUGAAAGGCGUAUGAGUGAUUUUAGAGGUAAACUCACGAAUUUCCUUAUGAUCUUUGUUUGAAAGUGAAACGGACCUCGGGGUUUUCAACUAAAACGCGAGUGCAUAGGCAUUGGAAAAUACAAAAUACAAAUGUACAUAUAAUUAUUAAAACUUCUGAUCAUUCAUACUAUUACUGCUACUACUACUAAGGGGCGUAGCGUGAUCUGGACUUCGGGGGUGGGGUGGGGUGUUCGAAUAUGAACCAAGUGGACCCUUUCUCUAUUGUUUUUGCACCAUCAGAAAAACCAUAUGCAUAAACCUGUAUGUUUUAUUUCUGAAAGCGGGGGUGGGGGGGGGGGGGGGGGGGGGGGGGGGGGGGGGGCUGGACGGGGGUUCGUUCGAAAACCCCAGCCUACGCCCCUGCUACUACUAGAAACUACUACUACUACUACUUUUACUACUACUACUUCUAUUAUUACUACAACAAUAAAUCCUACAAGUAUUGCACCAUUCAUAUUUGUUUUCCUCGGGCCUACUAAUGCCCCACGACUGGUAUUGUAAAGACUGUAGUUUGCCCUGCCCUGCCCUGCCCCUGCUUUAUCUUUGGGUAAAAUGCAUAUAAAAGAUUCCUUGCUGCUGAUUGAAAAAUUUUGUGGGUUUACUUUGAAGACGUGUCAGAAUUAAUAAAUAAUUUAUGUGUAAUAUGUUUACGGUCAAAGGGAAAUAACUCUCAAGUGCAUGCAUUUUAUUCUAUUACGUAUUAACUAGUAGUGGUAGUGAUACUGGUGGGAGUAGUAUAAGUAGUAGUAGUAGUAGUAGUAGUAGUAGUAGUAGUAGUAACAUGCCUGAACCUCUAUUGGGUAUAAAUAAUAAAGUAACAGUAGUAGUAGUAGUAGUAGUACCGGUAACAGUGCUAGUAGUAGUAAUAGUGGUUAGUAGUUACUGUAGUAGUAGUAACUGUAGUCGCAGUAGUAUUCAUAAUAAUUCAUAUUUCUGUCAGCCACUAGUCUAUGUUUCAUGCUUAUAUGUUAGAUUAGCUGUGAAAUAUAUAAAAACAAAAUAUUUUUUAUGUAUAUUUUUUUUAACAUAUUUUGUAAGCUGUUCAUACUAUUGUAAUAUACAUUUGCAUAAUAUAUUAAAAUAUCUGACGAUUA